UCGCCCUCUAUUGUUAAUAGAAAAGAGGACUGUGUUUCAAUGACCUUGGCGUCUUCUCCGACUGCUUCCGCCUCCUCGACGUCUUCUGACUGUUUCUGAGCCAGGGUCGAUCAGCAAAAUUGCUCCAGGCUUCUGGACAUUGCACAUAAUGCCUCCCCCAGCUUUGAUGAGAGGCUGCAGCUUGCUCUUGAUAGGGCCCGGACGCAGAUAAAAGGCAAGGGGCUCUCCUUCCACAGUCAUGAAGAGAACUGGCGAGAUGCUGCACUGGGUGACAUCUUGCCCUUCGGACGCCAUCUUAGGAAACACAAAGAGCCAAAUUAAGAAGCACAGAUGGUAUUAUGCUACGGACCAGUGAUUCCCAACCACGUUUACUUAGCUGUAAACUAAACCAAAAACAACCAAAAAUUAUUUGUAUCUCUAUGCCAGCGACGCAGUGAGUCAGAAAAAAUUCAUGGUUGUCCACUAUACAGCAGGUAUGUAAUAAGUAACCCGUGUAUCCAGUUGUUGACAUUCAAAAAGCAGAAUAAGUCACAGCACACUUUUAGUGAGACAGCUGUGAUAGCGAUGGAUACAUAUUUGAAAAGAACGAAAUCCGGACUCGGUCCUGGUGCAAAUUCGGACCCAGGUGAAGGUCCUAGUAAAAGUCGUGGUCCGAAGAAAGCAAAAAAAGUUUGCUCAAGACGAUACAACGAAAGUUAUCUUUCCUUUGGAUUCAUCUUUACCGGGGACCCAACCGAGCUGACUCCAUUAUGCUUGGUGUGUGGGGAAAAGCUGUCUAACAGUGCCAUGGUUCCAAGCAAACUUAAACGUCAUCUCCAAACAAAACACCCGUCACUUCAAAACAAAGACCGAGAAUAUUUUGCUCAACUGCGUGAACAGACUGGGAAGCUGUCUGCUUUAUUGAGAAAAAACACUGUGGGGAAUGAGAGAGUUCUAAAAGCUAACUACCAAGUUGCUGAACUCAUAGCCAAAUCCAAACAGCCACACACCAUAGCAGAGACAAUAAUACUACCUGCCUGUAAAAUCAUCGUUAAUGAGAUACUCGGCCCAGGAGCGCUUAAAGAAAUCACCCAAGUUCCUCUCUCAGCCAGUACGAUCGCCAGACGGAUCGAUAACAUGUCUGCGGACAUUGAAAGGACAGUUUUGGAAAAGCUGCGCAUGAGUGGGAAAUUUGCCUUGCAACUUGACGAAGCUACCGAUAUGAGUGGAUGUUCACAGCUUUUUGCAAAUGUGCGCUUUGUGGACGGAGACGGCAUCAAAGAAAACUUCCUAUUUUGCAAGGACUUGCCAGGAAGAAGAACAGGUGAGGAAAUUUUUCGAGCUGCGUCGGAGUACCUUGAACAAGGAAGACUUAAGUGGGAAAACUGCAUUAGUGUCAGCACCGAUGGAGCGGAUGCUACGUUUGGGCGCAACCAGGGAUUUGUAAACAGAGUGAAAGAGCGACAGCCGGAAGUCAUUGUGACGCAUUUUUUACUGCACCGUGAGACACUAAUCUCCAAGACAUUACCAGCAGACCUAGCUUCUGUGUUGGAUGACAUUGUGCGCAUGAUCAAUUUUGCAAAGAUGAGACCUGUAAAAAGUUGGAUGUUUGCAUCAUUGUGUGAGGAAAUGGGAGUGGAUCAUGAAGUUUUGUUGAUCCAUACAGAGCUCCGGUGGUUGUCCCGUGGUAAAGUUUUAGCUUGUGUGUAUGACCUGAGAGAGGAACUAAGAGCCUCUCUGACAAAUGAGAGGCACAAUGAUGCCAAGUUGUUUUCAAGCGAAAAAUGGUGUGCCAAACUGGCGUACCUGGCAGAUAUAUUUCAACAUUUGAAUGACCUGAACGCACGGAUGCAAGGACGAAAUGAAAAUCUGCUCACAAGUACAGAUAAAAUAAAUGGAUUUCGCGCAAAGGUGCAGCUCUGGCGGCAGCACGUGCAAUGCGGCAACCUCGACAUGUUUCCACACACUCAGAAAUGGCAAAUUGUCGACAGUGCCGCACUGUGUGAGACAAUAGGUAAACAUUUGCAAACUCUUGAGCAGAAGUUGGCAUUUUAUUGCCCCUCACUAGACACAGACACCUUGGACUGGGUUAGAAAUCCAUAUAGCGCGACUGUAGUCAGAAAGGACAUGACUUUGCAGGAGCAGGAGGAAAUCACUGAACUGAGGCAAAAUCGGGGUUUAAAGCUGAACUUUGCUGAUCUACCUUUGGACACUUUUUGGCUGACUGCUGCCAAACAGUUCCCCAUUUUGGCAAACAGAGCAAUCUCAGCCCUACUCCCAUUUUCCACAACCGAUCUAUGCGAGUUGGGCUUUUCAAGUAUGACUGCCAUCAAAAGUAAAAAAGGAGAGAGACUCUGUGCUGCUGAAGAAAAUCUCCGUGUGUGUAUUUCAUCAAUUCCUGCCAGUAUAUCAACUUUGUGUUCAACAGAACAGGACCCAGAUUUCACACUGAGUAUGUACACUUGUGAGUAAAUUGAGUUGAGUUUGAGUGUAUAUUGGAUACUUUUUAUGUUUAAACAAUAUUUAUCUCAUAAGAAGUUAACUAGUCCAGUGAUUCCAAACCCUUAUUGUACUGAUUGCAAUUAUUAUCCGAUUUAACUUAUUUGGUCCUAAAAUUAUCAUAUUUAUACAGUAUAUUGUCACUGUCUGGCAGAAACCCUGCAUGUCCAAAUAUGGUCAAUGUCAUGUUUUUUUCCCCACAAAUUGAUAGUAAUGGUCAGUCCCCACGUAGUCUGUUAUUUUUACAAAUUAAUAACCAAUCUUAAGUGUUAAAAAGACAUUGAAAGCAACUCUAUUAACUCUCUUGGGCACUUCUACUGUUUGAGAAGUUUCAUAAGUCCACCUCUUCUUGACUCUACAGUAGCCCUGUGGCACUGUCGCUUCAAAACUGAAAGUCUUAGUUUUUGUUGUUGUUGUCAAAAACGAGUGCAAAGAGGUUAGAUGCAUUAGAGUAGGCCUGUUUUGUUAAAAAUCAAUAGCCGUAAUGCUUCGGUGCAGAAGGACGCCUACUCUGUCAGCCACAAAGGUGAAUUUGUGUUUGGAUUAAUUUCUGCCUACUACAUUGUCUUGUCAGCUCAUCGUACGGGUGCGCGGUAUAAUCGGUGGAAGGUAUACAUUUGGACGAAGAAACUGAUUUGAACUUAACCGACCAAUCGCGAUAAAGCUUUUUGAUUAUGUCAUCAUAUCUGUUUCAGUAUAAAAAUGGCUCAUGCAUGAUUGCA